AUGUCUGCUCGUCACGAUAUCGCAAUUAAGCCUGCAGAGCUUCUGGGUAUUUUGCACAUACCGAUUCGCGGUCUAGAGGCGGCAGCCAAGACGAAGGUGUUUUACACCCGGAAAAGGAUGGACAAGAAUGGUCGCAUGGUCGAACAACGGUGCGAGGCGGGAGUCGAGGUGGACAGGACGCCCUGCAGCGUCCAAGUGCAGUUUGAGGUGCCCCUGGACCACCGGACGACCCGGCACCAUGAUUUCGAGCAUCUCAACAUUGUUCUCACUUCCACAUUCGUCUUUGGAGGCCUGGAGACGGGUAGCAUCAAGACAGUGGAGGAACUCCAGAGCCAACUCAAGCAAAGGGAGAACAUUACCGUCUUUCUCUGUGGUGGACCGGGAGAUUACAACCCAGCGGAGCGUAACCCGCUGUUCAACGUCGAGUAUCUCAAGAAUGAUGGGUGUCUAAUCUUCCUAGACUACAGGGGCACCGGCUCCAGUCAUGAGAUUCGAGACAGGAGCAAGCCUGCCCGGCACGUUGAAGAGGUACAGCUACAGCAGCGUUACAUUAACCUGCUGCGACCCGAACCAUGGGUCAGGAAGGCCGACAAGAAGCCUCCGAGGAACGAGACCGAAGUCAGGGCCAUGGCGAAUCUGCUCAGCCUCUUUCGCCAGGACAGCAUCGUGUACGACCUCGAGUCGAUCCGCCAGUGCCUCUUUGGGCCGGGCAGCACGCGCAAGUGGAACAUUUUUGGCCAGUCGUACGGCGGCUGGGUGUCGCUCACCUAUCUGUCGCAGUACCCAAGGAGUCUCGCGAGCAGCACCAUUACCGCCGGUCUCGCACCGAUUACCGCGAGUCCCGACGAGGCAUAUUCAAAGCUGUUCCAAGUAGUAAAGGAGCGUAAUGACGCAUACUACCGGCAAUACCCCGAUGAUAUCCAUAGGGUCAAGCGAAUUGUCGAGUAUCUGCUAGACUACGAGACCAACCGCAACCCGGGUGUCGGUCUCGAGAUUCAGAAUGGUCGCCUGACGGCGCGGCGUUUUCUGUGCAUUGGCCGCGGCCUCGGUGCUCGAGAUCGAUUUUCCCGGUUGCAUGACCUUAUCGAACGGAUGUAUGAGGACCUUGAGGAGAGUGGAGAUUUGGAUCGGAGGACCCUUGACUUGUACUGCUCAAGUGAGGACAGCUGGGGUUUCGACCGGCGACCGCUGUACGCCGUGCUUCACGAGGCCAUGUACUGCCGAGGAGCCGCGUCAAACUGGUCAGCCCAGCGCGUGGCUCGGAGCAUGCCAGAGUUUUCAUGGGCCGGGGUGGGUCGGGAAAUCUCAGAGCUUCUUCUCGGUUCACAGUGCAAGCAGGAGAGCGACGAGUACAAGAUCUACUUCUCUGGCGAGAUGGUGUACCCCUUCAUGUUUGAGGACUAUGACGCUCUCGUGCCGCUCGCCGGCGUGGCUGAAGCGUUGGCUCGACAUGUCUGGGUCGACCCCUACAACGAUGAGGCUCUGCAUCACAACCAGGUCCCCGUGUAUGCCCUCAGUUACGAGUCUGACAUGCACGUCAACACGGAACUGGCCAAGGCAACUGCUGGUGUUAUUGGUAAGAACGCAGACAAGGAUGCGCGGGUCGUGCCCAUCCGACACAAGAUCCUGACCAAGAUUCCGGGCAAUGGGCGUGACUUUCAGCAUGCAUCGCUCCGAAGUGAUGUAGAGGCAGUAUUGAGAGAGCUCAAGGACUUGAUCAAGGGGUCAGAGUAG